AUGCUGUCUGUCCUCGCGAUAGCCGCCGCGCUCAACGUGCCGCUCCGGCAGGCGGUCGUCCCGCGCGCCGCGCACCCGCUUGCGCGAGCCGCUGGCGUGAUGCAGACUGAUAACAUAGCGACCGGCGCGGUCCCUGUCUCCAUCUCGACCACCGGCUUCAACUCGCGAUGCAUCUCGGCGAGCAUCGUGGUGAGCGCUCCGCCAGAGGCGGUGUGGGCGAUCUUGACCGACUACGACAACCUGUCGACGCACGAGGGAGCGCAGCGCAUCGUCGGCUUCGACUUUCGCGCGUCGCUGACAAUGGAUAUGACGGCGAUGUUUGGCGCCUUCGAGGGCGAGUGGCGCGUGCAGCCGUAUUCGCGCACGCGCGCGCGAGGCGGCAGCAGCGACGCCUUGGAGUACACGACAAGGCUCUCGUACAAGGUCGACAUCACGCCGCGGGGCUUGGUGCCAGUGCCGGCGCUCGAAUGGAGGAUCCGCGAGGAUGUGCCCCUCAAUCUGAGGGCGGUGCGCGCGGCGGCGGAGAAGCUGCACGCGCGGCGGCAACGGGGCGAGAGCUGA